AUGUGGCCGAACCGCGUCGCGGGACAGUCCCCGUCCCCGAACCCUUCACAACCAGGAAGCCGUGCCUUCUCGCCAACGCCUCGACGAACGCCCAGCGGCAAUGGUCCGUACAUAACAUCACAACAACGCCCAGGACUCCCGCCUCGGUCGGCCUCUCUCCUGUCUCUGGCGUCGAACGAGUCUUCGAGCUCUUCAAUCCCCACGUCGAAACGCGCCAAUGGCUCUACCCUAAAGCAGUCCACCACCGUAUACUCAGGGCCAGAUCCUGUCACAGUCCUGAGUGCAAUUCUUGGCAAUGACGACCCCGGGGGUGAGAAGAUAGAUGGCAACGAGUAUACAAUAUCGGCAGAAGACCUCGAGCUCGAGCUUGACUUUGGUGGCCUAUCCUUGCGAGAACUCGCGCUUUCGGAAGAGCCCGAGCAGGUGGAGACUGCGAACCAGUACCAGAGACAAAGCAUCGCUGAUUAUGAGCAGGAAAAGGCCAAAUUCGAUGACCUUCACCGUUCGAUCCGUGCUUGCGACGAUGUCCUGGGUUCCGUGGAGACGAAUUUGACGAGCUUUAGGAAUGAUCUUGCCGCCGUGUCCGCCGACAUUGAGACACUACAAGCUCGCUCGACUGCGCUCAACAUCAGACUAGAGAACCGGCGAGCGGUCGAGAAAGGCUUGGGGCCGGUUGUGGACGAGAUCAGUGUGUCUCCGUUUGUCGUGUCGAAAAUAGUCGAUGGCCCCAUAGACGAAGCUUGGAUCAAAGUUCUUGCCGAAGUCGACAGAAGGGCAGCGGCAUAUGAAAAGGGCGGCUCUGCCACAGAGAGGAGCAAAGGCCUCCAGGAUCUGGGCCCGCUGCUAGAGAAGCUUGUCCUGAAGGCGAUUGAACGCAUACGUGACUAUCUCGUAGGCCAAGUCAAGGCUCUUCGGUCACCUAACAUCAACGCCCAGAUCCUCCAACAGCAGAAUUUCCUGAGGUUCAAAGACUUGUACACUUUUCUCCACAAGCAUCACGCCACGCUGGCCGAGGAGAUAUGCCAAGCAUACCUGAACACCAUGCGGUGGUACUACCACAACCAAUUCAGCCGCUAUGAGGGCGCAUUGAAGUCGAUUAAGCUCCACGUCCUAGACAAGACGGAUGUGCUUGGCAAUGAGGACACUUCGAGAAAGGGGACAGUUCGCGCAGGCUCAAAAACCAUGGGGCCGCCACAUGAUGCGUUCAAUCUAGGAAGGCGAAUAGACGUCAUACGCACCAAGAGCCAACACGCGCUCUCGUCUCACAUCGCGGAGGAAGAUCAAGCAACACAUUACUUGGAAGUCCCCUUUCGCAACUUCAACCUCGCUCUGGUCGACAACACGACGGCAGAGUAUACCUUCUUAGCAGCGUUCUUCUCCCCAGCUUUGAGCUACGGCGCCAUCUCGCGACAUUUCACAUACAUAUUCGAGCCAACGUUUCAGCUUGGCCAUACCAUGACCAGAACUAUAGUUUCCGACACAUUCGAUGCUCUUGGCUUGUUGCUCGCCGUGCGGCUCAACCAGCAAUUCCAGUUUGAGCUACAACGACGCAAGAUCCCAACGGUAGACGGCUACAUCAACGGUACUGCGAUGCUGCUCUGGCCCCGGCUGCAGUACGUCAUGGGUGCCCACUGCGACUCCCUGCGGCAAUUGACCACCGCCUUGCCAACCAGCCGCUCGAAGGCCGACCAGGCCAAAAUGUCUGCGGCGCCACACAUGGCUACGCAGCGGUUUGGCCAGCUCGUGCAGGGCAUACUGUCCCUCAGCACAGAAGCAGGGGAUGACGAGCCCAUUAUCACAAGCCUUCGCCGUCUGCGCAGCGAGAUGGAGGCCUUCUUGACCAAGUACAGCACGGGUUUCGGCGCAGACAAGAGGAAGCGCGAGCGGUUCUUGUAUAACAACUACAGUUUGAUCCUUACCAUUAUAAGCGAUAUCGGCGGCAAGCUCGCCCAGGAGGAACAAAGCCAUUUUGACACCCUCAAGACCGCGUUCCAGGAGGCGGCUUGA